AUGCAGUGGUGUCUCCUCCUGAUAUGGGCCCAGGGCCUGAGACAGGCUCCCCUGCUGGUCUCAGGAGCCGAGGCAGGGAAACUCGUAACAUCAGGGAACAUUUCUGCAGAGGAAGGUGGUUCUGCCACUUUAAAAUGUCACCUUCUCUCCACCAUGGCCAAGGUGAUCCAGGUGAACUGGAUGCAACGGGACCAAAUGCUAGCCAUUCAUCACCUUGACCUUGGGUGGCACAUCAGCCAGAACUUCAGGGAGCGAGUGGUGCCUGGGCCUGACCACAGCCUCCUACUGCAGCUGCUGACCGUGAAUGACACUGGGCCGUACUCCUGCACCUAUUACACCUUUCCUGAUGGGAUUUACAAAGGGACACUCUUUCUGGAGGUCCUAGGACACUCAGUGGCCAAGCACAGCACCAGCUUCCAGAUGCCCUGGCUUGGAGCUGUGGUCACAGCGGUGGUCAUCUGCAUAGCAGUUAUUGGAGUGGUCACAUUGGCUAGAAAGAAGGGAUCUCUUCACAGCCACCCUGCUGAAAGCGGCCUCAGAAGAGCACCAUCUGAACAGGACUACGGGAGUCCCAGGUUUCUCUCAGCUCCUGGAAACUGUGUCCGGACAGAGGCUGCUCCUGGCAACCUCUACAGAGAGCCGACUGAAGUUACCUAUGCCGAACUGCAUGCUGAGCCGCAUGACUACUUUAAUGUUCUGAGUUACCGAAGCCUGGGAAGCCUCGGCUUCGUGGUAGAGACUGGUUAG